AGUGCUCGUCGGUUCCUCUCGUAUCUCGUCGGCUGGAUACUCUUCCUUGGCGAAACGGCAACGGCAGCAAGUUGCACGAUGAAUAGUGUCCAGGUCAUCGUCGGAGUAGUGCAAAUUACAUACUCGACGUGGAAGGCGACAAGAUGGUUAGAAUGGCUGAUAUACACCGGCCUUACAAUAUUCGCACUGCUACUCUCCCUUUCGCAGAAACACCUUCCCGGCCUGUCACUGGUUGGGGGAUUCAUUGUCAUAGCUGGUGGGAUUGCAUGGGUUAUCUCGUUCCUGGAUAUGGCGCCAAAGCAUUCUGCCAAGUUUGUCUUUACCGAGUUUAUUAAUAAUUCUGGCUAUGAAAGCCGUGGAUGGGUAGGUAUUAUGAGUUUCUAUACCCCGAUGUAUGCCUUGUAUGGGACGGAUGGGAUCUUGCAUGUUACCGAGGAGAUGAAGAAUCCAGAAAGAGACGCACCGAGGGCCAUGCUAUGGGCCAUGAUAAUAAGCGGCGUAAGCAUGUGUAUAUCAGUGAUUGUGAUGGGCUUCUGUGCCGGAGAUUGGGAAGCAUACCUGGAAACAGAUAUCCCAUAUGUGACCUGGUUUGUCGACAUCCUCCAUAGCACAGCUGGUGGGAUAACUCUGGUGGUGAUGAUAUUGAUUGUAAUCAAUUUCCUUAUCACCGUCGGCCUGAACACGGCAGCAUCGCGGCUGGCAUGGGGAAUGGCCAGAGACAACGCCCUACCCUUCUCAAACAUUUUUGCCCGGAUUAACCACAAAGUGCAAACGCCUGUCAAUACGAUUCUUCUAACUACCGCAGCUCAACUAGUUAUUGGCCUGGUAGUCUUCGGAUCGGACUAUGCAUUCCAAGUGAUUAUCAGUAUAUCUUUAGUCGCAAUCCAACUGGGAUAUUUGAUUCCUACUCUAUUAGUCGUCAUUCGCGGCCGCAAACUAUUGCCGACUCCUCGGGCCUUUGACCUAGGCGUGGCUGGCUGGUCAAUCAAUUUAUUCUCAGUCUGUUGGUGUUCGUUGGUGAUUGUCAUGCUUUUCUUUCCGCUUUAUAUUCCAGUGAAUGGAGAAAAUAUUUACAACAUGAACUGGGCAAUAGUAUUGAUUGCAGGGGUUAUUUUGGUGGUGUUUAUUGAUUGGGUCCUCCGGGCUCGCCACUGCUAUUAUGGUAAUUAA